GUGUAAAAAGCUCAUCCUGAGUACUAGUUUUAAAAAAAUCUUAUAGCCGUGGAAGUAGAAUAUACAACAAUUUCAGUAAGCGUAAGGGUGUCUGCAAAUGGAAGUGAACUGAUGUCUUUGCUACUUUUAAUUCCAAGCAAGAUGAAGAUCCCCUCUUUGCUGCUGAGGUUCCCUCAUUGUUAUUUCUCUAGAAGAACUUGCCUCACAAACUUUCACUUUACUUCCAGAGCAGAUUUCCCAUGCAUUGAAUCUCUUACACCAGUGCAUCCCUAUCGUACAAAAUGGAUUUGUUCUUCAAAUGGUUUGAGGAGAGAGCUGUGCCAGCAAGCAGCCCCUGACCAGCAGAUAGAGGGACUUUCUGACAAAGAACAAAGACUGGUAGACAGACUUUACAGCGGACUAAUUCAGGGUCAUAGAGCCUGUUUAGCAGAAGCUAUUACACUUGUAGAAUCAACUCAGAGUAGGAAGAAGAAAAUAGCCCAGGUGCUCCUUCAGAAGGUAUUAUCCUACCACAGGGAACAAGAAAAGUUAAAUCAAGGAAAACCACUUGCCUUUAGAGUGGGAUUGUCUGGUCCUCCUGGUGCUGGGAAAUCAACUUUCAUAGAAUGCUUUGGGAAAAUGCUUACAGAAAGAAAAUACAAAGUGUCUGUGUUGGCUGUAGACCCUUCCUCUAGUACAAGUGGUGGUUCUCUAUUGGGUGAUAAAACACGGAUGACUGAGUUGUCGAGGGACAUGAAUGCAUACAUCAGACCAUCUCCAACCAGAGGGACACUGGGAGGUGUAACAAGGACCACAAAUGAAGCCAUUCUGCUGUGUGAAGGAGGAGGCUACGAUGUUGUUCUUGUGGAAACAGUAGGUGUGGGACAGUCAGAAUUUGCUGUGGCUGAUAUGGUUGAUAUGUUUAUAUUACUGCUACCACCUGCGGGUGGAGAUGAAUUACAGGGUAUCAAACGGGGUAUAAUUGAGAUGGCAGAUCUAGUUGCUAUAAAUAAAGCUGAUGGUGAUUUAAUUGUGCCUGCACGGAGAAUACAAGCUGAAUAUGUUAGUGCUAUGAAGCUGCUUCGCAAACGUUCAAAGGUUUGGAGACCAAAGGUAAUGCGCAUCUCUGCCAAAACUGGAGAAGGUAUCUCAGAUAUGUGGGAUAAAAUGACAGAAUUUCGUGACCUCAUGCUCACAAGUGGUGAGUUGAUUGCCAAACGACGGAAACAGCAGAAAGUGUGGAUGUGGAAUCUCAUCCAAGAAAAUAUGUUGGAACAUUUCCGGAGUCACUUGGCAGUCAAGGAUAAGAUUCCACUUCUAGAAGAAAAAGUUCUUAGUGGUGUCUUGUCUCCUGGACUGGCAGCCGACCUGCUACUGAAAGCAUUCAAAGAUGGUCUCUAAGCAUUAUAUUCUACUCUGUUCUUCUUAAGUGCUUUAUGUGAACAUGAACAUUAAAUACACUUUUUCUAUGUAUGGAUUCAAAUGUUUUGCUACAACGGACAUUAAUAGAAUA